AUGCGGAUCAUGAAGCCUUCAUUGAGUCCUGCGCUGAAGCCUGGCCCUACUCCUAGGCUUGCAACCAAGUCUGCCUUGCGAGCGUUCCAAUAUACUGAGGAGUAUGAUAUUGCAGAGCCACUCAUUGCGUCCAUCCUUUGGGGUCGCUCUAGGGAAAGGCAACAGGCCUCCGUUCAGCUUGACUCUGUAAAUGAUCAAAUUCAGGCAAAGAAUAUCAGAUACAAGAUUCCUAAAUCAAAUGGAUGCAUCGAUAUUGCCGCCUUCAAGACAGCUUCCGAGCAGUUAGUUCAAGCUUCAAUUACCUUUGCCGGAAGCCAAGACACCACAUUGUUCUUGCGUGCCAAAAAUGACCUCGACAAAUGUAUCAGAUUAUGCAAAUUGCCCAAGUCUUGGAACAUUGAAUGGGGGGAGUUUUUGGAUUUUCAUCGUGAACGAGUUGGUCGUUCGAAUACACAAGGCAAUCAUCAUAAAAAAAGCAGGAACGCCCAAAGGGACCUUCCUAAUGAAGCGGAAGAUGAAUAUGAUGAUGGAGAUGUGCAGGCGGGAUACCAUGAAGAGUCCGGGGUUGAUGACGAGGAGGAGGAGGAGCAGGAGGAAACCCACAACGGGUACCAUGGAGACGAGAAUGAAUAUAGUGACCAAGAGGACGAAUACGAUGACGAUGAGGAGGAGGAAUACGACGAAUAUGACGACGAAGAAAAUGAACAUGAUCAGGGCGAGGGAGAUGGGUACGAUGAAGGAGAAGGUGAAGAGGACGAUGAGUACGACGAUGCGGAGGACGAUGAGCUCGAUCAAGAGAAUCCAGAUCAUGAUUCCUUCUAUGAUGGCCCAGAAUUGAUCUACCACACAGAGCGUGAGCUAGAGUGCGUCGACAUUGGUUUGGUUAGACGCCGAGCACAAAAUCAUUAUGGGCUUCUUUUGACCUCGGGGUCCAUCCUAGGUUGGCGAAAGACUAAGCUGGCAGGCCUGGUAGCAGUGAUGGGAUAUGAGUGUCAGGGUAAGCGGACUGCCCGUGUGAAGCGGCACAAUGAUCCAAAUGAUGAGCAGGAGUCUGUGAUGAAGGACCGGUCUUCAUCAAAAGUUCUCGGGAUCGGCUUAAUUGCUUGGGAAGUGGAUUCAAAGUCUGUCUUCGAACCAACUAAGUCUCUGUUCCCGACUACAAACGGGACAUAUCCGGCUACAUUUAUUGCAGUGCGUUGGGAGGGAGAUAUCUGGACAUGGGAGUCUCGUGAAGAUUUCCAUUCCUUGAUGAAAGACCUCAGUCAGUUCGAGGUUGACAUCCUCAUGUACUUCAUGGCAAUAUCUCAGGAAGGGGACUAUCUCAAGGCCAUGACUGGGAAAAGACCGACAUUCCCAGGUCUAGGCUUUGACAUCGCAAGCACCUAA